AUGAUAAUUUACUUAUAAGAUUGUAAAAAUGACUACUAAUAUUCUCGCUUAAUAUCUACAUAAUUUUUUGUGCCGAAUAAAUUUGGUUGUUAAUACAUUAUUAACAUUUUUAGGGACUAAAUAUUUUUAUCAUUAUCAAUUAAAAACAUUUUGUGACCAGAUAUUUUAAUCAUUUUAACCAUUAAAAAGUUGGGACCUCACUUCAGCCCUAACGGGUUUGCUAGCAAUCAAAAAGUUGCAACUCUCAUUCUCUCUUCAGCGGGAUUGCUCUCUCUCGAGAGCUCUAAUACAGAUUGGAAGCAUCCAUGGCAGAUUUGCUCAAUCUUCUACAAAUUUUGAUUUCAUCAUCGAUUCAUUGAAGAAGAAUCUCGGUUGUUGAUUUACUUCUCUUCCGAGUUCUCUCUCCCUAGGUUAAUUUAAAACCAAAGGUUCCAACCAAAGUUGUAGGUGCAGAGCAUCUUGAGUUGAGAAAAGAAAUAUUGACUUUAUUGAAUCUUCAGAAAUAGUACCCAUGUGUUCUACCAACUCAACAAGAGGAAAAGCUCCCAUCAUCCAACACUUGCCUGGUGAAUCAAAGAAGGAUUAUGCUGAUUUUUCUUCCAAGAUCUUGCACUUGAAAGGAGACAGGAAGGACAUUGAAUUCAUGAAAGCCAGUCUCUCAGCCGAAGGCUUUGAUGUUGUUUAUGAUAUUAAUGGUAUGGCUUGCGACACAUUCUUGAAAAUUGUUCAGAAGUACAAGCGUAAAUUUGUUAUUGUACAGGAUUUUCAUCCUUUCUCUAUGACUAUAGACGGUGAUAAGCUUUUGUGGUCGUGGAACAACUAAUUGUUUAGGGCAUGUUUGCUCUUGUAACUGAACUUGUGAAGAGGUGGUGCAAGAGAAAGACAAAGUUAAAGUCGUCAUAGAGUUCUAACUCAUACAAUGUUAAACUAUUUUGAUUUUGUUUUGGGAUUUAACUCAUAUAAUGAACUAUGUUGAAGUGAAUUUGGAUACUUCGAAUUUUGAUUUUUGUAAUUUGUUUUUUGUAUAUACAAGAAUAGAUUUGAUCUUGUUUUUUACUA